CUUUUCAUUAUUUGAUAUUUAAUGAAACAAAAGUUAUGACCAAAACUUCUACCAAUGCAUUUGAAAAUACAUUUCACAAGUCAAGUCAACUUCAACAACAAAUGAAUAUAUUUAACAACUCUUGUAUUACUCCAACGCAUUAUUCAGUACCUUGGCUUGAUCCUACUCUGUUUAGCUUUAAUAAAGCUGUCUCUAUAUCCUACAAAUGCAACCUACAUUCAUCAAUGAAAGAUCUUAUCAAUGAAAAAAAUACUGUACAAGUAAUAGUGUCUUUAACUUCGAAAUACAUACUAAUGGCGUCAAAGAAAAGGGCGGUUGGUUUGAUACAACUUGAAGAGAUAGACAAAAGGGAUACUCGCAUAAUAGAAAUUGUACUUCCUACGCCAGAAGGUACAGUCAGUCCUCCUUUCAUCAACCUCAUUCGAUCAUCAUCAGACACAAACGAAUCGAUUUCAAAUUUGGAAUUGAAUAUCAAUGCAAUAGGGAUCGUUAUCAUAUCGCGUACAGGAAAGAUUCACUACUGGUCUCGAUGGACUGAUGCACUACAGAAUUCAUCAGAUUAUGCAAUAUUUCAGUUAUCAUUAGGAUUUCAUGAAGAAGUUACUUGGGUUACUACUGACAUACCAAAAGCAUCAUUAUAUCAAAUCAUCAUCGGUACAUCCAUCGGAAACGUGUAUUUGGUCGAACUAGCAGGUUCUUCUAUAUCAGAAACAAUUCUCUAUGAAACGACAGUACCAUCAACACGAUUAGGUUCGUUAUGGUCUAGAUUUUUACCGACGGGAAACAAAGAAAACAUCAAUGUCAGUAUCAACAAGGUUAUGCGAGGUCAUCACAGGGAAGAAAUCGUAGUACUCAGUUCCUUAUUUAUCCAAACGUGGAGAUUGUCAAGUACCAAUGGAAAUACGCUGGUAUCGAGGAUGGACCUUCAAACCUCGAUUCAACAAUAUGCUGCACCAUUACUAUUACCUCAAGAACUAGCAUCCAAUGUUCAAAUUCGUAUUCUUGAUAUAGACAAAUAUGGUGAAUCCGAUUGGGCUGUCCUUGUAUCAUAUUCUGUACCAGAAAUGGGUAGAUUCUCUCAAUAUGCAGUUAUCGGCAUGAAACAACAAUCAACAAUGAAGCAAGAUGAUCAAACUCCGUAUAUAUUUACAAACGCAUAUUCACUACCUUAUUCUACCGUACUCGAUACUCUGAAAAAACGACCAGAUAUUCAAGUAUCUCAUGGUACCAUUGCUUUUAUUACUUUUGAUGAUGCUGUGGUGUCUAUUGCGCUCACAUCAAGUUCAUUAUAUGAGCAUACUCUUGUCCUUCGGAAUGAUCAUGUACAGAACCAAAUUAUCGGAACGACGGUGAUGAAGGAUCUUGAUGAAUCUAUUGAUAAUACGACAUUGGCUUCAGCUUUGGUAUUUACGACAGAAAGUGGAAUUUUAAAAUAUACAGUGGAUCAACAUUUUAUUUCAAAAUCUCAAUUGGAAGGGAAUAUGUAUGCAAUCGAUUAUGAAAAUGCGCAAAGUCGUGAUAUGGACCUUGCAAGAUCUCAACUGGAGCAAGCCAUCUUCUUUGGAUUCAGUAAACAAAACCCGUUGUAUUUCCCCAUUCGACUUGAGAAACAGUAUAAUUUAGGUGAAGUGGCUUUAGGCUUAGCACAAGACAUUAUACAUGGUGAUUUGGUAACUCGUACCCAAGAUAUCAAGGUUAACAUGGAGAAUGUCAUCAAAUUUGUUGAAAGGAUUCCAAAAGUUAUCAAGAAAGAAGGAUGGAUGGAUAUGAUGGGAAGAAAAUCAAUCAGUGAUUUAUUGGCCAUCAUUGGAUCAUAUCAUAUUGGUAUCAAAAUAAUGGACUUUUGCAACGAAAAAAGAUCAAGCGAUUCCGAAAUGCUGGAACGCGUCAAAUAUUGCAUGAUACAUUCGAUAAAUAAUGCUCUUGGUGCUGAUCUUAUUGACGAUACGGAUAAUUUAGAUAGCAGCCUUCAUGAAGUUUUGACAAAUCACAUACUGCAAGUUUUAAAAUGUUUCGAAUACCUCAAUCCACAUUUGUCAUAUUAUCCAAAAUUUGGAAGUACCGAACACUGUCUAGUGGUUUAUACAAUCACUCAUUUUAUCAAGGAAAUCUUAUCAUCUGUAUGGUUAUUAGAACGGUGUUUUGUAAAUGAAUAUAUUCCGGAAUCGAAUACUGAUGAUAACUCACCACUUGUCGAUAUUUUCGGUGUUGCUCAAAUAUUGGGAACCCAAUUUAAAGAAAUCAAAAAAUGUCUCAGUCAAGCAGAAAAUAAUAUGACAGAUGUAUAUCAUGACCUAUGUACCCUACUUCGUGAAUACGGUGUCAUUCUGUUGAAUAUAUAUCAAGAAAAAAUUCAAGCGGAUUCCAGCUAUACUGAAAAAUAUCGGAAUGAUCAGCACACUAUCAUCAAGACUUUCUGGGACUUGAACAUGCAAGAUUAUGCUGUCUCCUUGGCCAUUCAAUAUAAAGAUUGUGGUAUGUUAGUUAUAUACUCUCAAUGUCAAUCUCCAAUUACAUGUCAGCAAAUGACAGAACAAUAUAUUAAGACAUACGGGGAUGAUUUUGUCUAUCAUCUACUCUCCUACUAUUCUGAAAAUGGUUUUGAAGAAGAACUACUACAUUUUGAUCCUGCCUAUGAACAUAUUGUGACUAAAAUACUUGAAAAGAAACCAAGGACUGCCUUAAAGUAUCAUAUGAAAUAUCACAACUAUGGAUUGGUGUCUGAUAUCUUUUACAAACUUGCAACAUCGGAAACUUCGAUUUAUGAAAAAAAGAUGUUAUUUUGCCAAGCAAAACUAUAUUUCCUGGCGGACAAGACUGACAAGGACAAUUCCAUACCAAUAUCCACUACUUUAGUGUCAUCUGAAUUGAAACGUAUCACCAUUCAGUUGGAGAUGAUGGAGUCACAAGAACGCCUAUCAGCAAACUUCAAGGAUCUCUUGCCUGGUCAGUCUUUUGAUGGUACCAAAAAACAAGUCGAAUAUAUUAUCCGUAGAACAGCAUCGAACUUCUUCGAGAACAAUCCUUCUAGUGACGAAUUUAGUAUCUCCUACCAUGACUUGUUAUGUGGCAAUGCAUUGAAACCCAUAAAAUUCAUUUCUCUACUCAAGUCUAUGGACAAUGAAGGUGGAAAAAUCGAAAACUAUGUGAGUGCUCUUUACUUCACUCAACUCUUAUCGAACGAUGGAAAUACCGAUGAUCCUAGAAUCAUUGUGAACGACAUUUGGAAGACCAUCUAUCUAAGGGAUGAUUGGGAGCGUCUUGAUCAAUGCGUAAAAGGAUAUUCCAACAUCGAAUCACUAGCAUUACUGCGACAAACUGUUAUGUACCGUGUAUUAUUAUUAUGCAAGAAACAAGAUGGUCUGGAUGAAUACAUUCUACAACCUGGUGAAUUACAACUGUAUCCUUCUCUUGAUGAUAAGGAUCAAAUCUUGGAUCGAUAUAUACAACAACAUGACUUGAAAAAUUACUUUGACCAAUCAAUGCACGCCAUUUCUUUAUUGUAGAAGUUCUUCCCAUACAUCUCUAUUGAAAAUUAUAAUCAUCAUCAUUACUAUUAGUUUCCUUUGAUAGAAUCUUGAUUCCAGAUAAUUAGAUUAGUCUUCCCAAUGUACAUCAUACCUUUGAAUAAACGAACUCGUUUGUUUUCUCAUUUUGACUUUUAUCCAUGAAUUUGAAAAAGAAGGAUCAAGAAAUAAAACCAUGAAACUUCAUC